AUGAGUGUCACCAAGGAAGACGUAGAAAAGUUCCUGGAUGGAAACCCAAGUUUUGCCAAGACUUAUUUCGACAAACAGCUUAAACCAGGGGCCAUCGCGGCCAUGAUGGGCCAGCCGGAGAACACAAUAGACUUUCAGCAUUUCAAGGAUUUGAUCCAGGUGGAGGAAGCGGAGAUCCUGUGGGAGAUAGUCAGCGACAUGCAGGAGAGCAUCAACAUGGAGAAGGUGGUCUUCAAGAUUCUGAAGAGGAUCAGCUUCCUGAUCCACGCUGACCGCUGCAGCCUCUUCAUGUACCGGCAGCGCAACGGCAUCGCUGAGCUCGCCACACGCCUCUUCAAUGUCAACAACGACUCUGUUCUGGACGACUGCCUGGUGGCACCAGACUGCGAGAUUGUCUUUCCUCUUGACAUGGGGGUUGUAGGGCAUGUUGCCCACACCAAGAAAACUGCCAAUAUCAAGGAUGUCGCAGAGAGCAGCCACUUCUGCUCGUUUGUCGAUGAACUGACGGAGUACACCACCAAGAACAUCCUGGCCACGCCCAUUAUGAACGGCAAGGAUAUAGUGGCUGUUGUCAUGGCCCUGAACAAGACAAAUGGCCCGCACUUCACAGCUGAAGAUGAGGACCUUUUUUUAAAGUACCUGGGCUUUGCCUCUUUGAACCUCAAGAUUUAUCAACUGAGCUACCUUCACAACUGUGAGACACGGCGAGGACAGGUUCUGUUGUGGUCAGCUAACAAAGUGUUUGAAGAGCUGACAGACAUUGAGCGACAGUUCCACAAGGCCUUGUACACAGUGAGAGCUUACCUGAACUGUGACAGGUACUCAGUGGGCCUGCUGGACAUGACCAAGGAAAAGGAGUUCUUUGACAUCUGGCCAGUUCUGAUGGGGGAACAGGCUCCGUACUCAGGACCUGUGACGCCCGACGGGAGGGAAAUCAUCUUCUACAAAGUCAUUGACUAUAUUCUGCAUGGAAAAGAAGACAUCAAAGUCAUUCCAAAUCCAACUGCAGAUCACUGGGCAUUGGCAAGUGGGCUGCCCACAUAUGUUGCAGAGAGUGGUUUUAUCUGCAAUAUUAUGAAUGCACCAGCAGAAGAAAUGUUCAAGUUCCAGACGGAAGCCCUGGAUGGCAGUGGAUGGACCAUCAAAAAUGUACUGUCCUUGCCUAUUGUUAACAAGAAGGAAGAGAUUGUGGGUGUGGCAACCUUCUACAACAGGAAGGAUGGCAAACCAUUUGAUGAACAGGAUGAGACACUGAUGGAGUCUCUUACACAAUUCUUGGGCUGGUCAGCACUCAACACAGACACCUAUGACAAGAUGAACAAACUGGAAAACAGGAAAGAUAUUGCUCAGGACAUGGUGCUGUACCAUGUUAGAUGCCGUGACGAUGAGAUCCAGGACAUUCUGAAAACACGAGAAUAUUUGGGAAGGGAGCCAAACGAUUGUGAAGAGGAUGAACUUUUACAAAUUCUGAAAAAAGAACUACCGGGCCCCAAAAAGUUUGAGAUCUACGAAUUCAGGUUCUCGGACUUCGACUGCACAGAGUUGGAACUAGUGAAGUGUGGGAUUCAGAUGUACUAUGAGGUUGGCGUGGUGAAGAAGUUCCAGGUUCCACAAGAGGUUUUAGUACGGUUCAUGUAUUCAGUCAGCAAAGGCUACAGGAGAAUAACCUAUCACAACUGGCGCCAUGGUUUCAAUGUUGGACAAACUAUGUUCACAUUGUUAACGACGGGGCAGCUGAAACGGUAUUACACAGAUCUGGAGGUGAUGGCAAUGAUUACUGCGGGUUUCCUGCAUGACAUUGACCACAGGGGCACUAAUAACCUCUACCAGGUGAAAUCGGCAAAUCCUCUCGCCAAGCUUCAUGGAUCAUCCAUUCUUGAAAGGCAUCAUUUAGAAUUCGGCAAGUUUUUGCUCUCACAGGAGUCAUUGAAUAUCUUCCAAAACCUCAACAGAAGACAGAUGGAACAUGUCAUUCACCUCAUUGAUAUUGCAAUCAUCGCAACAGAUCUGGCACUGUACUUCAAAAAGAGGACAAUGUUUCAGAAAAUAGUUGACCUAUCAGAAACCUAUGAGGAUAAGAAGAAGUGGACGGACUUCAUGUCCUUGGAGACAACAAGGAAAGAGAUUGUCAUGGCGAUGAUGAUGACAGCGUGUGACUUGUCUGCCAUCACCAAACCCUGGGAGGUACAGAGCAAGGUGGCGCUUUCUGUGGCGGCAGAGUUUUAUGAGCAAGGUGACCUGGAGAGGACAGUUCUCGAACAGCAACCCAUUCCCAUGAUGGACCGUAACAAGUCAGCAGAGCUGCCAAAGCUUCAGUGUGGUUUCAUCGAUUUUGUCUGCACCUUUGUCUACAAGGAGUUCUCCCGGUUCCAUCCAGAAAUCCAGCCUAUGUAUGAUGGCAUCCAAAACAACAGGAAGGAGUGGAAGGCAAAGCAGGAUGAGUAUGAGGCAACGCUGAAAGUUUUAGAGGAACAGAAGAAGGCAAAAGAGGAGGCCGCACCGGUCAAAAAGGAACCUGUCAACAACCCAAGCGGAGGCGGAGGGGGUUCCAAGACUUGCUCGAUCUGCUAA